AACACUUGUCACCGUCUCCCCGGAUACCGCUGGUAUACAUCAAGUGUUCUCAGCUACCUUCUCAUAUUCCGUUCUUUCUUGGUUCUUUUCUUUCCACUCUUUCGGCUACGUCUAUGCCAAGAAAAGCAACCUAAUAACCUCGAGAUACCCCACGGCAAAGGCCGACCAGCUGAUCCUUGCAACGCCGUCCGAACUCCCAUCCAAAGUUCGAGGCCCAGACUUUCAACGACUUGACGAGAUAACUCGACCAUCAUUUGGACUCCAACCUAUCACACCCUAGAAUCUACCUCAACCAUUAAAUACUGCCUCUACCCAUCUACGUAAUAGUAGGCUUAUUCAGGACAAAACCAAACACCUUCGCUCUUUCCACCAUGACAAGAAGCGAAAGCUCCAGUAUCUGUCCGCCAUCAGCCUCAGCCACUCCAGACACCCUUACCGCGCUUCAACUACAUGCCUUGUUCGACAUUCUCACACAUUAUGGGACAUAUUCCGAAGUGGAAUGUUUCAAGAAUCCGGACGCUAUUUCCAAAUAUGGCUAUCCCUUUGCGUCCUCGAUAGAGGGUGCCUCCGAGCCCGUCAUCAAGAAAGAGUCUUCGGUUCCGCUUCUGGCAACCCUGCUGCGCGCCAUUGUCCUUCCGGUGCCAGGAGUUCGCGAUCUUCCAACUGAUUUCUGGCCACUCGAGUUCCAAGGAAUUAUGACCAAAUUUGGGGAAGCAAACCUGUCCGAGAGCUAUGACAAAGGGUCUUUGGGUAGUAGGAAAACCCUGGCCACUGCUGCCUCGGUCAUUCACGAAGCUGUUUCCCGGGGUCUUAUCGGUGGUCUUCCCAAGGGGUCACCCAGGGACCUAAACGGUCACUAUGACAGGUCGAAAGCACAAGACCUUGUGCGCGCUUGGGAAGACGUAUUGCACGAACUCGUCUACGGAAGUCUCGUUGAAACGUUGUUUGAUCGUAUAGCAGAAAAACCCGACAUCGAAGGCCAUUCACUCGCCGUGCAGACUGCUGUGGACUAUAUUAUCCUUCACCUUGCGACGUUCAUGCACCAUGUAUUCGUCCUCUCCCCCGAAGGGUCUUAUCUGUUACAGAUGGUGGCGAGCGUACACAAGAUGGUACCUUAUUCGGCCAUCAAACAAACUUUUCGAAUUGGAAAUGCAGCCAGCAUGAUCAAUGGGAUCACGAAGCUCCUCCUGGCCAAAAUGAGUAUUGGAGGCCUCACUAACUGGCUUGGGCUGACACAAAAUGCGGAUGAUGGCAUGAAUCUCUUACAGAGAAUCAUUUCACUGGUCUUGUCGUGGGACAUGGCAGAGUUCCGGAAGACCGCUGAACGGAUAGAAAAGGCCAAGGGUGGUCCCUCUAAGGUCCAUAUCGCAGUCAUCAAAAAGUACGUCGCCAAGUCGAGGGAAGAGCACUUGAGGAUCCGGAACAUCAGCAUAAAGCGGUCCGAGUCCAUCAUUGCCACCAUCUUCAACCAUUCCCGCCGUGGGCUUGUGGAGUCCCUGUCCAAGGAACAGCACGAGCAAUGUCUGGAAUACCUCUCAACCUUGCUUGCAAUUCGAGACCGGGAUGAGAUCAUCAAGAUUCUGUGCAAGCAAAACCCAGAUCUCUUCACCCAGGCCGUACGGGACUUUAUCGGUAGUUUCGAGCCCAUGAUACGAGCUGUUCACCAGAAUAUUGACCUUCGCGAACACGUCUCUGCAGCAGAAAGCUUCCUAACCGACCUUAUCGAAACAAGCAAGGCGAAGGAUUCUCCUGUGGCGAUCUCCAGCACAUUAACAACAGAAACGACGAUCGAGACCCGCGCUCCUUCCAUAGAGGACUACGUCGGCUUGAUUAGGAGACAUAAACAAUCGGCCUACAACUUUUUCCACCAGGUGGCCAAGAAUUGCCCUGAUAUCAAGGGGGAAUUCCUCGAGUAUUGCAAGAAGACGCUGGCGCAGUUCCGUCAGCAGCCCGAGCAGCAACCACUACCAUCAGCCAUUCCCUCAAGCGACAGUAGCAGCCAAGCAAUCGACACCAAGCUCCGCAAGGGAGCAGCCGGAAGUCUAAGCGCCGAUAUCCAGUCGCUUUUCACCGCCCUCCCUACCCAAGUAAAACCCGACGUCCUCGCAGCAGCAGACGCCCACGCGGCCUACCUCUCCUCCCUCGAAGACCUCUCCCUCAAGCGAAUGCAACACAUCCUCAACGACAUGACCCUCACCGCCCCCACAAUUUCUUCCUUAUCAGAAGCCGCAACAGCAACAACAACAACAAGCUCUUCUCUGAGAGACAAAUUCUCCCUAUCCGCCAGCUCCCCCUUUGGUUCUCGAGCCCCCAGCAGGCGAAACAGCAACAGCAACAACGUCAACAGCAACAAAAAAGCAAGCAUGUGUGGCCCCGGCAUGUUCCUCUCGCGGUGGCAGAGCCUGAUGGACGAGACGCUCAUUACUCCCCAAGUCCCCACAGGCGGCCAGGUGCGGCGCGGCAAGGACGUCAAGGGGGUGAUUGCGCAGGCGAAGACGACGGUGGGCAGCAGCGCCGUGGUGGCUGGUAGUAAUACGGAUGGGAACGGAAAUGGGGCUGCAUGGGACUCGGCGGCGCUGACGAGGUUGGUGGAAAAAGAGGUGCCGGAGCCGCCUGAUGUUCAGGUGGUGGUGAAGAUGAUGGGGAGUGGGUUUGGGGAGGUGGUGGAGAGGAGGAUGUUGGAAAGGAUAGAGGUGGUGAUCUAAUGGAAGGAUGGAUGUGGAUCAUAAGCAUUGAGUUCGGGCGUUGUCAUCACAGUCAAAUCAAAACAUAAUCUCAAGAGUAAUAUUAUCUGUGAAGGAGGGAAAAGACUUGUUUUGUUUUCAUCUAAUCCAUAUCUCUCCAAAGGGGGAAAGUGCCAAUGGGCGUCAUGGCGAAAUAGGAACAAAACCCCCCGGAAACUCCGAAACCCAAAGCUGCCGUUGUUU